CAACAGACAGUUGGCUCACCAUUUAACUAUUUCUACAUUUCAACAUUUCAACAAUUCCCUUUCCAUUCACAGCUUCAAACUUCCAAAUUCUUUGCCGUAGAUUUUUCUUCUUCUACUCUGCUUUGCUCCUUCUUCAAACUCCCUCUCCCUCAACCCACCAACACUAAAUCCAAUGGGCACGUUUUAAAAUUCUUCUGUGAGCCGUUUAACCCAUUUCUCUUCGUUUACUUUGCUGGAUUUCUGUGUUUUUGUUCCCCAAUUUCCCGGGAUCAGGAACUAAAUUCCUCAUGUGGCGGCGGUGAUUCUGUUGAAGAUGAGAGCUCAUCCACCAAGCCCCAUUGAACCCAGACAUCGAUUGUCUUCUUCUUUUAAUGAAGAAACAAGUAAGAGAAGGUUCCAAAGAAUUAGAGAUUUCAAAGUUGUUGAGAGGGCCCUGCACAUUCCCAUUCGUGAUAGGGUUUUGAAUUGCAAACCUUCGCUAAAGCUUGUGCUGGUUAUUAUAGUUCUAGGAACAAUAGUGACAUGCUUCCAUUCACCUGCAGUUCAUAUUUCUGAUCAUCCAUUGAAAGGAUCAAGAUGGACAGGUAGAGAUGCUCGUUAUAUGUCCUUUUCAGAAGUCAACUGGGAUGAGGUUUCUGAUGUUGUUGAGUCACUGACUGACCGAAACAAGUAUCAGGGAAUUGGCUUGCUGAACUUUAAUGAUAGUGAGGUUGACCACUGGAAACAACUUUUUUUGGAAGCAGAGCUUGUUGUUUUUCAACUAGACCAUGCAGCCAACAAUUUAACAUGGGAAGCCCUGUACCCUGAAUGGAUUGACGAGGAAGAAGAAUUUGAGGUUCCCUCUUGUCCUUCUUUACCAAAGCUUCAGAUUCCUCUGAAACCCCGUAUAGAUCUUGUAGCUGUGAAGCUUCCAUGUGACAAAUCAGGUAGAUGGUCAAGAGACGUGCCUCGGUUGCACUUGCAACUUGAAGCAGCAAGGGUUGCUGCAUCUGCUAAAGGGAAUCGUUUCGUGCAUGUACUUUUGGUGACUAAAUGCUUUCCUAUCCCAAAUCUCUUUCCGUGCAAAGAACUAAUCACACGUGAAGGCAAUGUAUGGCUUUAUAGGCCGAACUUGAAUAUCUUGAGGGACAAACUACAGCUCCCCAUUGGAUCAUGUGAACUGUCAGUUCCUCUAAAGGCUAAAGAAAAUUUUUACUCAGAAAGAGCGAACAGAGAAGCAUAUGCAACAAUUUUGCACUCCGCACAUAUCUAUGUCUGUGGAGCUAUUGCAGCUGCUCAGAGUAUUCGCAUGACUGGUUCCACACGGGAUCUUGUAAUACUUGUUGAUGAAACAAUUAGUGAGUACCACAGAGGCGGCUUGGAGGCAGCUGGUUGGAAGAUCUUUACAAUCCAAAGAAUCAGGAACCCAAAAGCUGAACGAGAUGCAUACAACGAAUGGAACUACAGCAAAUUCCGUCUUUGGCAGUUGACAGAUUAUGACAAGAUAAUUUUUAUAGAUGCUGACAUGCUCAUUUUUAGAAAUAUUGACUUCCUCUUUGAGAUGCCCGAGAUAACUGCAACAGGAAACAACGCUACCUUAUUCAAUUCAGGAGUUAUGGUGAUCGAACCAUCAAAUUGCACAUUUCAGUUGCUAAUGGAUCACAUCAAUGAGAUAGAGUCUUAUAAUGGUGGCGACCAAGGGUACCUAAACGAAAUCUUCACAUGGUGGCACCGGAUACCGAAGCACAUGAACUUCUUGAAGCACUUCUGGGAAGGUGAUGAAGAAGAGAAGAAGGAGAUGAAGACUCGUCUCUUUGGAGCUGACCCUCCAAUCCUUUAUGUUCUCCAUUAUCUGGGUAAUAAACCUUGGAUUUGCUUUCGGGACUACGACUGCAAUUGGAAUGUAGACCUUCUACUGGAGUUUGCUAGCAAUGUUGCUCAUAAGAGAUGGUGGAAGGUACAUGAUGCCAUGCCUAAAAACCUACAGAAGUUCUGUCUGCUUCGGUCGAAGCAGAAGGCACAAUUGGAGUGGGACCGAAGGCAAGCAGAGAAAGCAAACUUCACAAAUGGACACUGGAAAAUAAAGAUUAAAGACCCUCGUUUGAAGACAUGUUUUGAAGAUUUUUGCUUCUGGGAGAGUAUGUUAUGGCAUUGGGGUGAAACAAACUGGACAGAUAAUUCUUCUGUUCCUGCAUCUCCUACUACUACCACAACUACAGUACCUCUCUCGUCCCUUUAAACUUUUUGGCUUCUUUUUUCCUUGUUUUUUUUUUCCUUUGAAUUAAUUUUGUCCUUUAAAUUAUACGAACUAUAAUAGUUAAAAGUGAAAGUUAAUAUAGAGCAAGUGCUUCUCGUUGCCGAA